CAACGACCCCCAAGACCUCGGGACUGGGAGAUCUGGGGGCUGGGAUUUUUCACGGAAGGUGUGGGGUGGUGCUGCAGAGGAGCGCCCUCCUCAGUUUCCGCGACGCUGGUGGAAAGUUGGGUCAGAGGGGAAAGUGCGGAGCAAAGGGAAGGAAACGGCGGAGGCGGAAGCUGCACCUGAAAGCUAAGAUUGGCUUUGGAGUUCUCAGGCGUCGUCAGUGUGCCAGUUUUUCCGCGCAGGAGGUGAGCCGGAGUGAACGCAGCCACUGCCCAUCACAGACCGUGAAGAAGCUCCUAGAAGAACAGAGGCGCCGUCAGCAGCAGCCUGACGCUGGUGGGGCACCGGGACAGUUUCCAUCUCCCCUGGCCCAGUCCCUGACCCCAUCUGUGAAUGAGAGUGAGGCUGUACACCAAGAGACUGUGGGUUCUGGACUUGGCAGCCUGGCUCCCACCACGGGCUUUCCAGACUGGGACCCCAACACGCAUGCUGCCUAUACAGACAGCCCCUACUCUUACCCUGCUUCUGCUGCUGAAGGCUUCCCGACUCCUGACUUCUACCCACCCUCCGACCCAGGGCGGCAGUGUCCAUUUUCUGUGGGGAUGGAGGACCCUCUGGAUACCCGGCUGUAUGGAGAACCUUCCCUGCCACAGGCAGGAUCCUGGAGAGGUUCUGGACUCCCCUUAGGACCCCCACAGUUGCCCCCCGUGGCCACCGGACCAUCCCUGGACACAGCCCGUGCUCACAUGCUGGCUCUGGGGCCACAGCAGCUGCUGGCCCAGGAUGAGGAGGGAGACACGCUCCUGCACCUGUUUGCGGCUCGGGGGCUACGCUGGGCAGCAUAUGCUGCAGCUGAGAUGCUCCAAAUGUAUAGACAUCUGGACAUUCGUGAGCAUAAGGGCAAGACCCCUCUCCUGGUGGCUGCUGCCGCCAACCAGCCCCUGAUUGUGGAGGACCUGCUGAACCUCGGAGCAGAGCCCAAUGCCACUGAUCAUCAGGGACGUUCUGUCUUGCAUGUGGCUGCUACCUAUGGGCUCCCAGGAGUCCUCUCGGCCGUGAUUAACUCGGGGGUUCAGGUUGACCUAGAAGCCAGAGACUUCGAGGGCCUCACCCCUCUCCACACAGCCAUCCUGGCCCUCAACAUGGCUAUGCACCCACCUGACCUAUGUUCCCGGGUGCUGAGCACCCAGGCCCGAGACAGGCUGGCUUGUGUCCAGAUGUUGCUGCACAUGGGUGCUGAUCACACCAGCCAGGAGAUCAAGAGCAAUAAGACAGUUCUGCAUCUGGCUGUGCAGGCCGCCAAUCCUACCCUGGUUCAGCUGCUGCUUGAGUUGCCGCGGGGAGACUUGCGGGCCUUUGUCAACAUGAAGGCCCAUGGGAACACAGCCCUUCACAUGGCAGCUGCCCUGCCCCCUGGACCACCCCAGGAGGCCAUCGUGCGGCGCCUGCUGGCAGCUGGGGCGGAUCCAACAUUGCGAAACCUGGAGAACGAGCAGCCUGUCCACCUGCUGCGGCCUGGGCCGGGCCCUGAGGGGCUCCGACAGCUGUUGAAGAGGAGCCGUGUGGCACCCCCAGGCCUGUCCUCUUAGGACUCAAACCCAGAACCUGGACUGAUUUUCCAGUCCCCACCGUCCUGUGGGACAGCCAGCGUAUGCUAAUGUUGCAAAUCCAUGAUAAUGUAUGUGGAAUAUCCUGCCAUCAGGGUCUUACAUUAAAACCCCAAAAUGGCUGCCCGGGGGGGGUAAACGAUCCCCAAUAUUUGGGGUGGUGUAAUACCCCUCCCCUACCCACAAGGAGCCCUCUUGAUGAUUUCUGUGAAAUCGAGGCCCCUUGAUUGUUUCUGUGAAACACCCUAGACCCCUAACCCUUCCUCCCUUGGGAUCUUCUGGGACCCCCUCCCCUACUCAAGUCCAGUUCAACUCACCUAGAAUCCCAGAUGUGAUUUCCCUACACAGUACUUGGGGUACCCCCAGAAUAGCUCCCACUGUCAUCUGGUAGAGUUCCUGAGAUGACUCCCCAAACCCACACCAUUCAGGUCCUUACCCCUGAGACAUAGGAAGGACUCUUCCUAGAUUGGAGUUCCCUAGGUCCUAUGCUUUCUAAUUCAGAACUCAACUGGCAGGGCCCCUAUCCCAGAUCUCCGCAUUUCCGGUGAAUCCCUCCCCUAAUUGAAAUGCCUUAUUAAACUCAGUUUGGACUGCGC